GCAUAUUUUACACGUGAGACUUUACGACACUCAACUCCUCCCGCAAAGUAAACACUCAUUUCUAUACGCUAUUCAUGAAUCCGAACAAAUAUAUUGUGUGCUGUACUCAGGUGUACAAGGUUAUGGAUGUCUUUUGUAAAGAGCUGGCAGUACAAACUUCUCCAAUAUACCUUCACUCGGAUAGAGGGAACAGCAUACAGGGUUUUAACCUUCUCGUACGUAGUCCGUACACUUUUCUGAUAGAUUAUUCAUCGUUAUGGAUGUAGACGCGUCGUUGGAGCUUCUCGGUGGCUUUGGCCUGCUGCAAACGCUGAACUUCCUCGCUUACUCGCUCUGUGGCGGUAGCAGCUCGUGGCACCUCACAGGGGUCGCUUUUACGGCAUCUGCACCACGCGACUACUGGUGCAGGCUACCUCCCAACGGCACAGGCUUGGACGACGCUGAAGGCUACAUCUCAGAGCAAUGCCAUCUGAUUUACGAAGCCGAAGGUGGAAGUAACGACACAGUGCCCUGUCUGUACGGCUGGGAAUAUGACUCCAUGUACGGUGAAACUAGCGUUGUGACCGAUUUGGACCUAGUCUGCGAUCGUGCCAUCCUCGCUGGUACCCUGACUUCCAUCCAUUUUGGCGGGGUGCUGGCGGGCUCCUACAUCCUAGGCCAAUUGUCGGACAUUUUGGGGAGGCGCUUAGUUGUUCUUGGCUCGCUGGUUGGACUUGUGGCAACGGGGACAGGCCUCAGUUUCACAUGGAGCUUUGCAGGGAUGGCUGGUCUGAGAUUUUUGAAUGGAUUUUUCAUUCCAGGUUCUCUGACAGUGACGUACGUGCGCUUGAUCGAGAUGUUCACUCCAGGUCGCCGACUUAAGGGACAGCUGGUCUGCGAGAUGAUGUGGGUGUGCGGCAUCUCUUUGUUGGCACCUGCAGCUUACCUCCUACCGAAUUGGAGACACCUUCAGCUGGCUAUAUCUCUCUUCGGAAUCCCUGUGAUAUUCUUUGUUUGGUUGUCUUAUGACUCUAUAAGAUGGUUGGUUCAAAAGGGCAGGAUAGAGAAGGCAGAAAAGUUUCUUCAGAGGAUCGCCAAGUCUAAGAACAUCAAUCUUUCUGGCAACUUCCUCCUGGCCCAGCAAGACCCAGACGUGCAGAACGGCAACAAGCCGCUGAGCGAGAACGCCAUCGAACUGGAAACGACUACCACCGUCGAAAAGACUCGGAUUGGAGGCUUCCAACAUGGCAGGGACGGUGGGUCUACCUUACACGACAAACAUCUAGGACAUCGGGACUUUAGGGGGAAGAAGGCUACUGUCGUAGAUUUGUUCAAGACACCUGUUCUGAUUAAAAGAUCGUUGAUUGUGAGCUAUUGUUGGUUCACAAGCAACGUUGUAUACUAUGGUUUCUUUAUCAACGCUACUAAUCUCGUCGGCAACAAGUAUUUAAAUUUCUUCUUGAUAUCGGUGACGGAGGCGCCGAGUUACAUCCUGAAUUAUUUCAUAAUGAAGAGAUUUGGUCGCAGACGUCCAAUCAUCUUUGUCUAUGCUCUCAGCGGUGUGACUUGUGUGAUAACUGGGGCGAUACCAAAGGAAACAGCUUCUGGUAUUGACUUGACUGUAGUCAUCCUCGUUUUUGCAAUAAUCGGCAAGCUCUUUGCAUCAGCUGCUUUCGACAUCGUUUUCCUGAUCACAGCUGAGGUCUUUCCGACAGUUUUGAGAAGUGCUGCGUUCGGUGCUGCAUCCAUGAUUGGCAAGGUCGGUGGUAUGGUGGCACCUUUCAUCAUCUUCCUGAAUGUCUACCAUGAUUCCAUUCCCAUGAUCGUUUUCGGCGUGCUGUCUCUGAUAGCUGGGGCUCUUGUCCUGCCUCUUCCCGAGACCAAUAACCGAUCUCUGCCGGAGACACUGGAAGACGGAGCCAAGCUCGCCUGUAAAGCCAACCCGGAGGAUGAGCAGUCACCCACACAUGCUUAGACUAGUGAUGUUUAUAUCUGAGACAUCUAUCCUUUCUAUCCUUUGGUACUCUAACAUCCUGUUUCACUUAUGUAAUAGUAUUAUUCAAGUAUGAACAAAGAUUAUACACAGAAGCAUAUUACGCAUAGAAGCCUGCAGUUUUAUUUCGUUCACUUGGGUCUAAUUUCAGUCUACCAGAAAUGUACCAAGUUGCAUUCUUAUACAGCAUUAAUUGUUAUAUAAACCAUUUUCGACUCAUCAGAGAAGCGUGGUUUAACCCAUUCAGCAUUGGCAGACUAUGAGCGGCCUGCGCCAUGCAACACAAUAUUACUCAAAGAUAUCGAAUAUGUCGUACUGUGCGUUGUGAUGUGUGAUCACUGUGCACUGUAAAAGUAAAACGAAAAAAUGAUUACGAAAUGGUAUGUUGAGUUCCCAGAAUGUUCUAGGGAAAAUGCCACUCACAGUUGAAAUACUAACCAAAAACGGUUAUAUCUAUAAAAGAAAGUUGUAUGUCUGCUCUAAACACUGGAAACGAAACUGACAUCAAUGUCUCAAUUCUCCCAGUAAACUAUGGUAUUUCAUGCAAAUUGAUAUAAGUAAAAUAUCAAAUGUUACAUUUAAGGUAAUGUUAUGUUAAUAUGAAAAUUAGGUUUGAUACUAAUUUUAGUUGAUACCACCCGAAAUAUCCAGAAGUUAUUAUAUUCAGCACAGAUCAUCUGUACUAAUUACUGAAAGGAAAGUAGAGAUUUUAGGUAACAAAAGACCAAACUACCCAGAGUAUAUUGUAAAAGAAAAUGAAAUAGGAAACGCAUGCAGUCACUGCCACGUCAAUAGAUCGAGAGAAUAUUUUCUCUGUCUGUAUGCUCUUUCAGUUUAUAGAGAGCUGCAAUAUUAUACUUUCAGAACUUUGA